AUGCUGCCAAACCAAGUCACUCUUCUGAGCGCAACCUUGCCACUCAAUCCCACGCCUCUCAUCUCUCCAGUCGAAGUCGGGGUCGAAGAGACCCUCACGCAUUUCACUUCGUACCUCCUCGCCAACGCACGACUUGUCACCGUCGAGCGUCAAGGGCUCGAGCUCUUCCGCGAUGCUUUGCGCGAGUACUGCUCCCUGUCUCCGCAACCCGAGGGGAUAAAGGCGCGUGACAGCUUGUCUCUGAGUCUCGAGCCGUACCUCCUCGCCGCUCGAUUCUCACUCUGGAAUACGGCGUGCUUCGUGUGUGGAGGGUUUCGUCUCGGCUGCGCAUGGCUCGUCGGGAGUGUCGCGCUUGCGACCCGCUUCAAGCGACAGCCGGGGUGGUACCGCCCAAUCGCGCCGCAAACGAGAACUCUUGCCGAAGACGCUGCAGUCGACGAUACGAUCUUCGCCAUGCGUGCCGCGCUCGACAACCACGACCCAGCUUUCAUCCGCUACAUUGAGCGCCUCGAAGCCUACAUCGCGCGUCUUUCAGCGGAUCGCAAGCCGUCCUUGCCGUUCAAAACGGCCGAGGCGAUUAGCCUCACGAUCCAGCGUCUCUUUCAGCCUGAUCUGACCGAAGUUGACCGGACCCGACUCGCUCAACGCAUCCACCUCAUCGUCUACCUCUGGAACUUCCUCGCCGAUCCAAGCGAUUCCACCUCCCUCAAACUCCGCUAUAGGCUCGAGAACGUCCACCCCGCAGUCGAGUGGGAUUGCGCAGUGGCGAAACUGCUCGACCGCAAACGCGAUGGGGACGCUGAAUGGACAGAGCUGUUUCCCAUCAAGCGGGUCCUCCAGCUCGUCCAACGAAUCGUCUACAUUGACAUUCCUCGCGCGCGUACACCUCGCUUCCAAUCGCCUCUCCGCCUCGCCGACCCAGCCAAACCGCUCCUCGACCUCCUCGAAACGCUCGUCCUCGACCCAGCACUCGACAAAGUCGACCUCACAUCCCUCUGUAUGCUCUUCUACGACGCGUACGAGGCGCACAAGAGGCUUGCGAGAGUUGAGGGAGAGUUGUGGGAGGCGAUUGUGGCGUUUGUGGUUGCGAGGAGGAACUUGAGGAGGGCGGUGAGGGAGAGGAGGGGGGUUGUUGGGGCGUAG